AUGAGUUCUGUGUGCAUACCAAAUUGUGUUGAUGAUGCAAGAAUCCCGAUUAGAGCCACCUACCAGAACCUCUACAAAUGGCCGAAAUCUGAAGUCGAGUUCAUGAAUACAACGGUGGCAAGAUCUAAUUUGCACCGCCAUGGUCAACCAAGGGGCGUCAAUAGCAUCUCUUGUAGGCAAUUGUACCUUAGGAGUUACACUUUCUCGAAGAAAGAGACUAUGCCAGAGAGAACUAGAAAGUUUUUAGAUCGAGUCAGGAAGAAGGUGGUGGCACGUCGACGGAGGAAAAGGAAAGGAGUGAAAGUAGGUCGUGGAAGGCGACGAUACGUGGUGGCACUGAGGAAAGUCAAAACGGUGUCGUGGACCGUCGUGUCUGCGAUUUUUCAGAGGCUGUUAUCUUAUAAUACCAGUAUAGAUGUGGAGACAUCAUGA